AUGCAUCUGCGCCUUCCCUUCACGCAUCUCAUCAGCCCCCUCUCCCCCGGUCCCCUUUCCGCAUACUCUCUCCACCCACCCUGCUUCGCCCUGCUCCCCCUUCCCCUUUUUCCCCGUCCCCUCCCUUACCUCACCUCUACCGCUAGCCCCCUAUUCCCCUGCUGCUCUUCCCUCAACCCAUCCUCCCACCCCCUGCCCUCACACCCUCACCUUCCCCCCGUCUCUUCCACAACCCACCCGCAACCCCCACCGCUCACCUGGAACAGCUCUGAUCGCUCACCUGAAGUGGCUCUGAUUGGCGCGCUACUAAUGCCAGCACGGGAACAGCAGCAGCCGUCCCCCCCAUUCACACCCCAACUCACACACACCCCUUUACCCCUCCCUCCCCCCCCCUCCACUCUCCCUCACUCAACGCGUGCUUUGUGGGACCAGCACAGGAAUAGCAGCAGCCGCCCCCCCCAUCCAACCUCCUCACACCCCUCCUCCCCUCCCUUUCUCCCCUCCACUCACUCUCCCGCACCCCUCGCCGUAGCCCAGGAGCCACGGCAGCAGCGCUUCCUCUAUCAUCCCCCACACGCUCACCCCGCAUUUCCCAAUCCCCCCUUCUCCACCUUUACCCCCCUUCCUUAUUCCGCCGCCCGCACCUUGCGUGGCGUUAACACGCGGCGGCUCCUAGCCCAGGGGCCACGGGUGCAGCGCUUCCUCAACUAUCCUCUCCCCGCAUUCCCUCCCCCCCGCUCCUUCUCCCCCGCACUUUACGCGGCGGCUCCCAGCCCCCAGCAGCGGGGGGCACUGCACCGUCAUUUUUCCCCUACUACCCUCCACACCCGCUCUCCGUAUCCCCCACCUUCUCCCCACACCCGCUCUCCGCCCCCCCCUUCCUCUUCUCCCCACACCCGCUCCCCGUAUCUCCCCCCCUCUUCCCACACCCGCUACUCCGCACCUUGCGCUUCACAUCGUCUGCAACGACCGCUCGUGAGAAGUGCAAGCGCCCGGGACAAGCGUCCGCGACAUACGCCCGUGAAAACGUCCCGUGAGCUCACUUUCUUCUAA